UGGGAUUUCGGUACUAUGCGGUAUGGUACUAAGACACCUACGCCUACGGGUUGCAAUGCAUCAAAUCUUGAUGCCUUUCGAGUGACCAUUCCGGUCUCGUAUGUUUUCUAUGACCCCACACUCGUUGGGACAGUUCCUGCACAGUAUGCUGUAUUUGUGCCCAAUACAGUUGUUGGCCUCAAUUUUGUCAUCGAUUUAUACGAUGUUCAAAUGUUGGUUUUAGAAGCAAUGAAGUGA